ACUCAUCGUUCGGUAUUUGUUUAUUUUCUUUGUUAUGAUUUUACAUAGGAAUUGUAAAGUUAAAUUAUAGAAUUUUAUUGUAAAUUAGUAGUAUUUAGCUAAUAAUAAAUCCUACAUUAUUUAGAUGGAAACUGUAUUUUACAUUUAGUUGAAUACAAUCAUAACAUUAUGCAUACGUGAUAUUUUGUAUGUUUUGUAAACAUACCCCCCAUAGGACAGUCUCCUCAAAAGCGGCUGUUGAUAUUUUUGUAGUAUGCUAAUAGCUGGAAUAGACGACAUGCUACAUUUUGGACUUCUUCUAUCGUUAAUUUUACGGUGGGCUGUAUCUCGCUUCUCAUAUUCAGGGUCUGGUAAACCACCCAUGUAUGGUGAUUAUGAGGCACAGAGACAUUGGAUGGAAAUAACCGUGAAUCUUCCUGUACAAGAAUGGUACAAAAAUUCUUCCAAUAAUGAUUUGCAAUAUUGGGGAUUAGAUUAUCCACCUUUAACAGCCUAUCAUAGUAUGCUUUGUGGUUAUGUUGCUAGAUGGAUAAAUCCUGAUUGGGUUGCAUUAAAUAGUUCCAGAGGAUAUGAGGGUUAUUAUCAUAAAAUAUUCAUGAGGUCCACUGUUUUGGCUGCUGAUCUUCUAUUUUAUCUUCCUAUAAUAUUCUACUGGAUUACAAUAAGGCAACCUCAUAAUCUAAGGGAUAAAGCUAUUCUGGUUGGACUGUGCCUUUUAUAUCCUGGACUAAUACUUAUCGAUCAUGGACAUUUUCAAUACAACUCUGUUAGCUUGGGAUUUACUGCCACAGCAAUUCUGUUUUUAAUGUGGAGAUAUGAUUUAGUUGGGGCAGCUUUCUUUACUCUCGCAUUACAUUAUAAGCAGAUGUCUCUCUAUUAUGCACUUCCCUUUUUCUGCUACUUACUAGGCAGAUGCUUACAACUCCCUUUUAAAGAAAGAAUUAAAAAACUAAUUCGACUGAGCUCGGUUGUCAUAGUGACAACAGCUGUGUGUUGGUUUCCAUUUCUGAUGAGCUUGGAAAGUACUUCAGCUGUCAUACAACGAAUAUUUCCACUCGACAGAGGCAUUUAUGAAGACAAAGUGGCUAAUUUUUGGUACAUGUUAUCAGUAUUGGUAAAACUGAAGGAAGUUUUCCCAUCUUCUAAACUUGCUGUUCUUAGUGCACUUUCUACGUUGUUAGUUGUUUUGCCUUCCUGCGUAAAUCUAUUAAAGAAUCCUAAGAUGCAUACAUUUAGACUUGCUUUAGUCAAUAGUUCCUUGACAUUUUUCUUAUUUUCUUACCAAGUUCAUGAGAAAAGUAUCUUAUUCCCUGCAUUGCCUGUCAUGCUGUUAUUUGAAGAUCAUCCAUUGCUUUGUACCUGGUUUGCAUACAUAUCAACAUAUAGUCUAGUUCCUCUCCUUGCCAAAGAUGGCUUGAUAGUGCCAUUCAUAGCUUUAAGUAUCCUAUUCCUUAUUGGUGCCAUACGAGCAUACGAGGAUUUACUUCUUUCUUUCAAGAGCCAAAAAUCAACCAUUGCUAGUCUGAGCUUCCUGGUAUCCAUUUUCGGAAGUGCAAUACUGGUGUUUGCCAUGUACUCUGUGAAGCAGCCUGCCAGAUAUCCUCAUCUUCAUGUCUUACUGAAUUGCGUUUAUUCAGGAGUACAUUUUAUUGGGUUUUUACUGUACUUCAACUAUUUGCAAUUUACUGAGAAACCAUAUGAUUUAUAUUAUCCAAAGAUUCGGGACCGUAAAUUUGAUUAGAUGAAAUUAAAAAUUAUUGCACUUCAAAUCAUCACAAUUUAUAUUAUCCAAAGAUUCGGGACCGUAAUUUCAUUAGAUAAAAUAAAAAACUAUUGCACUUCAAAUCAUCACAAUUUAUACUAUCCAAAGAUUUGGGACCGUAAAUUUGAUUAGAUGAAAUUAAAAAUUAUUGCACUUCAAAUCAUCACAAUUUAUAUUAUCCAAAAAUUCGAGACCGUAAUUUGAUUAGAUAAAAUAAAAAACUAUUGCACUUCAAAUCAUCACAAUUUAUACUAUCCAAAGAUUUGGGACCGUAAAUUUGAUUAGAUGAAAUUAAAAAUUAUUGCACUUCAAAUCAUCACAAUUUAUACUAUCCAAAGAUUCGGGACCGUAAGUUUGAUUACAUGAAAUUAAAAUUUAUUGCACUUCAAAUCAUCACAAUUUAUAUUAUCCAAAGAUUCGGAACCGUAAAUUUGAUUAGAUGAAAUUAAAAAUUAUUCCACUUCAAAUCACCAUAAAGAUUUGUUUUUUUUUUUCAUUUGUGUAAAAUUUAAUAAAUUAUUUUUCAUUCUUUAAGAUUUGAGUUUGUGCAUAUUGUGUUGCUUCUAUAAAAGAUCAAAAACUAUUAUAUGUGAAUAAGUGCAAUUUUUUGUCAUAUCGGAUAAUCGGUUUGAAAUGAAAAAUUAUUGCAUUUCAAAUCAUCACAAUUUAUAUUAUCCAAAGAUUCAGGACUGUAAAUUUGAUUAGAUGAAAUUAAAAAUUAUUCCACUUCAAAUCAUCAUAAUGUUUAUUUUUUUUUUCUUUUUCAUUUGUGUAAUAUUUAAUAAAUUAUUUUUCAUUCUUUAAAAUUUGAGUUUGUGCAUAUUGUGUUACUUCUAUAAAAGAUCAAAAACUAUUAUAUGUGAAUAAGUGCAAUUUUUUGUCAUAUUGGUUUUUUAUAGAGCGUUAAAAGAUUUUUAGUAGCAUUGUAAUUGUUUGAAAAAUUCAAUACUUUGUCAUGAAAUUUAUGCUGUUGUAAUAUGUUUAAGGUUACCUUUGCCAGACUCAUUCAAAUAUCUCUAAUUUAGUGUUUAUGUCUAGAAUCUCCUAUCUACAUGAUAUCAGUAUUUUAAGAUAAAAUUGAUUUUUUGUUAGUAAGUACUAGAAGUAUUUUAUAGAAGGUUGUAAAGAUAUCCACCGAUUUGCCUUUUUUGAUAUCAUAUAUUAUUUUCUGAAAAACGUCAUAUAUUUUUUAUAUUUAUACAUUUGCUUGGUGCUAUUGUGUAGAAAUUUAAUAUUGCUGUUAAAAGUUUAUUGCAUGUUGCUGAAAAUGAAUUAUUUAUGCCAUAAUUUAUUGCAAUGAAGAGGUAUUAAAAUAAAUGAAUUUUAAAUAUAGAUAUAUAGUGCUUUAGUGCCUGCUAAAUUGUAUUGCUGUUAAAAGUUUAUUUCUUGUUGCUGAAAGUAAAUUAUUUAUGCCAUAAUUUAUUGCAAUGAAGAUGUAUUAAAAUAAAUGAAUUUUAUAUAUAGUGCUUUAGUGCCUGCUAAAUUGUAUGCAAUGCCUUAAAUUAUACUUUUAUUUAUAUAAUUAUAUAUAUAAUUACUGAAAUUUUUACUGAGUCUUAUGUUUUAUGUACCAAGUGUUUUAAAAUAAAAUGCUAGUAAUUUUCAAGAAUAUUAACAUUGUUAUUUUUGUACAAAAUGUUUGAAAUAAUUUAAUAAUCAGAUGAAUUUUUUCAAUACUUGAUUCAACCUGUUGUAUGUAUUAUUUACGAAUUCCGCAUCAUGAUUUGUAUGAACACUAUUUACAAGUCACAUAAACAAAUUUAUAUAAAUUUGAGUUAUUAAUUUCUUCUUGCAAUUUGUAGAAACAGUAACAAGAUUAACGAAGCACAUACCACAAAUCGUUUUUAUUAGUAUUAAACUGAUUUCACAUUAUGCUUCAUAUUCACUUGAUUUAAAUGCAAAUCUGCCAAUGCAAUUUCUAUUCAUGAUGGUUGCUCUUACGCAUUUUGAUUUUUAUUGACAUUAUUUUAAAAUUAGUUUUAUAAUCAUCAACCUGCUCAUUAAAUAAACAAUUGAAGUGUCAUUAAUAAAUUUCAAUUUUUUUGUUUGUUUCUGACCAAUCACAUGUAUGCUUAUUGUUUUUUUUAAUUCAUAAUAAACUAAUUAUUUUUUAGCAAUUUUUUGAGCUGUGCAAGGUGCAUGUGAUGCUCUUUUUAGACAGUCUUAGUAUAAGUUACAACGAAGUACAAUGCUUUUUAUUAAAAUUAUUCUAGCAUUUUGUUUAAACACAUUGUGAGUUCUGUUUGUUAAUAUAUUUAUAUGAUAUGUUUCUGUUUGUUAAUAUAUUUAUGUAACUCAUUGUGUUUAUAUAAUAUACAGGGUAUCCGUGCACAUGGAAUGUCAUGAUUUUAACUAUUUUUUUGAAAAGUUCACGGAAUGUCAUGGAUUUAGGUCGCCGAAAAAUCUAAUUUUUAAAAUGGAACCCCCCC